ACUCUACAUCAUACACCAACACUCUUCACCACUCCAACUACUCAACACUCACACUCCUCCACCCUACAACUCUGAUCCGUCUGCCAACCACUGAUCGUAACUGUCGCUCAACCCUCGUCCUGUGUUAUCCGUUACAGGUUUGAAGCAUCAUGGACGCUGCAACCCUCCUUGCCAAUACUCUCUCAGCCGAUCUGGCACUUCGAACCGCCGCGACCACCCAACUCGAAACCGCGUCGAGAGAGCAUCCAGCUCCCUACCUCGACUCCCUCCUCGGCGUCCUCACCUCCGUCGAUCAACCAGCACACAUCCGUAAUGCGGCUGGGUUGGCACUCAAGAAUGCACUCACCUCGCGAGAUGCUGGCCGAAAUGAGGAACUGAUCGAGCGUUGGAAGUCGAUCACCGAUGAGCUCAGGCUCAAGAUCAAGGAUGGCCUCAUUCGAUUGCUCGCCGACGAGCAACGCGCCGUCCGCCAAGUAUCCGGUCAAGCUAUCGCCGCCAUCGGCGCCGUCGAAUUGCCUCUCGGUAUGUGGCCUGGUUUGAUCGGCCAACUCCUCCAAAUCAUCAAUAAUGCAGAGGGUGGCGUACCACUACGGCAAGCCACUCUACAGGCCAUCGGAUAUCUUUGUGAGAGUACGCUCCCCGAAGUUUUGGCAGCCCAGUCCAACGAGAUCUUGACAGCUGUGGUUUCGGGAGCAAGGAAGGAAGAACCCAGCGCGGAAGUACAGCUUGCAGCAGUUAACGCGCUCUACAACUCGCUUGAAUUCGUUCGAGCUAACUUCGACCGCGAGGGCGAGCGGAAUUAUAUCAUGCAAGUCGUCUGCGAGGCUACUCAGUCCCCAACCCCCGACGUUCAAGUCGCUGCGUUCGGAUGUCUGGUCAAGAUCAUGCAAUUGUUUUACGACAAGAUGAGAUUCUACAUGGAGAGGGCCCUAUUCGGACUCACCGUUCUAGGAAUGAAACAUGCCGACGAGCGGGUGGUCCUUCAGGCGAUCGAGUUCUGGUCCACAGUGUGUGACGAAGAAAUUGAACUACAGAUCGAGGCUGAAGAGGCUCUCGAGUACUCAGAGCCAACGGAAAGAGAGUGCCAGCACUUUGCCAAGGUCGCUCUUCCAGAAAUUCUCCCAGUCUUGCUCCAGCUUCUAACCAGACAGAGUGAGGAUGCAGACGAGGACGAAUGGAACGUCAGCAUGGCCGCCGGAACGUCGCUUGCCCUACUCGCCCAAACCGUUGGUGAUGCAGUAGUGGCACCGGUGAUCCCGUUUGUGGAAAGCAACAUCAAGUCUGCCGAUUGGCACCAACGAGAUGCAGCCAUCAUGGCCUUCGGCUCGAUCCUUGACGGGCCAGAUCCUAAGAUGCUGGACCCACUCGUCUCACAGGCUCUGCCUACCUUGAUCGAAAUGAUGCAAGAUCCUUCGAUGCAUGUCAAGGAUACCGCUGCCUGGACGUUGGGUAGGGUGACCGAUCAACUGAUCGGGACCAUCAAGCCCGACGUUCACCUCGAGCCACUCAUUACUGUCCUACUGGGUGGCUUGGGCGACAAUACACGUAUUGUUGGGAACUGCUGCUGGGGGCUCAUGAACCUUGCCGAACAGCUGGGCGAUCCUAGCAAGCCAGAUUCUGUUUUGAGCAGAUUCUAUGAAGGCAUUGCUAACUCAUUGAUAGCCUUUUCUGAUCGUGUUGCCGAUGAGCCCACCUCACGCACUUCGGCAUACGAGGCCCUUGGCACUCUGAUGAAGUUUGCAUCCCCCGAAGCACUGCCCGUUGUCUCUAAUGCACUUGUUGUCAUCAUGGAACGGUCCGAGCGCCUAUUGGGCAUGCAAGCUCAACUUGUUGGUGACGAUGAUCGACGUAACUAUGCUGACCUUCAGGUCGCCUUCUGUGCUGUCUUGACGCAUGCGAUCCGAAGAUUAGGUCCGGAGGUCAAACCUAUGGCCGAUCGAGCUAUGACGUUGAUAUUACGCCUGAUUCAAGGCGCUGGGCCCAAGUCCCCCAUCCUUGAUGAUGCUUUCCUAGCCGUUGGUGCUAUGACCUAUGCACUUGAAACGGAUUUCCAGGCCUACCUCCCCGCUUUCUUACCUUUCCUCAACGCUGCUCUCAAAUCACAUGAAGAGUACCCGCUUUGCUGUAUCGGAGUGGGUAUCGUUGGUGAUAUCUGUCGUGGCUUGGGUGAACAAGCUGCGCCAUUUGCGCAAGGAUUCAUGGAACUACUGCUCGAGGACCUGCAGAGUACCAUCCUGCAUCGCAGCGUCAAGCCACCUAUCCUCUCCUGUUUCGGAGAUAUAGCGUUGGCCGUCGGUGGCAACUUCGCUCCGUACUUGGAAACGACAAUCGGCGUUUUACAGCAAGCUGGAGCGAUGCGUGCUGAUCCCACGAACUACGACCUUGUUGAUUACAUCAACCAACUACGAGAAGGAAUCCUGGAAGCAUAUGCUGGAAUCAUCGCCGGUCUCAAGUCAGCGAACAAGACCGAUUUGAUACUCCCGCACGUACCGACGAUAUGCGGAUUUCUCCAUGUAGUGGUGACUGACCAGGACCAGACGGAGGAAUUGUUGAAAGGCGCACUUGGCAUCAUUGGUGACUUGGCCGAGAUCUUCUCAAGUGGACAGAUCAAAGGUGCACUUGACCAACAGUGGAUUGCAGAGGCUCUGAAGACCGGAAGAACGCGAGUGGGAGGUCCGGAGACCAAAAAGUUGGCCAAAUGGGCCAAAGAGAUGGUUCGACGAGCGACUCAAUAGAGGACGUCCCCAGGGCGUUUCAAGGGGCUGACCGAUGUGCGGGGUUUUCGUUAGCCUUCUAGCCCUUGAAAAGGAGACCUUGCGUUCGGUCAGGAGUCUGUCUGCGCCCGCUCGUAACUUCUUCUUCCGACCGACGACGACCACUAGCCUUAUAUUCCACUCCAUUUUCUCCUAUCAUUCGCAUCUCAAAAACGAACUGACUUCAAUGGAUGAUCAUCCGACAUCAUCUCGUCCAUCAUCUCUCCUACAACGCUUCACUUACUACCAUCACUUAUUACUACUAUUCCAAUUACUCUACUACUCUGUUGGUGCUGCCUCACCCCAUCACGUAUUCGGCUCAAGCGCUCCAUCCCCCGUCCAUCCAUAUCUGGUCGUUAUUUUGGUCCAAUCAAGAGGUCCGAUGGAUCCAUGUAUUCUUGAAAACCAUUCCAAACUCAUCCGGGGAUUCUACAGCAUUUCAAAAAAAGGAAAAUGAAGAAGAAGACUAUUACUACUAAUGAUUGUUAUUAGAUACACACAUAUAUAUACAUAUCUAUAUAUGAUUAGUUCACAUUAUUUAAUGUUCCUGUCUUCUCUCUCUCUUGCUCUAUUCAUAAAGAGCUCAAUCGCAAUUCCUCUGCAAUUUCUUAGAAGAAAAAGGCUAGAUAAACAUAUCUUAUCAUUUAUAGCCUACCUUUCUACUCACUACUACCACUCGAAGAUUGUAAAACCUCUUGAGAUAUCUCAGAUAAAAAAAAACGUUUAUAUAUUACAACAAAAUGAAUGGAUAUCUUCUAGGGUUUU